GUUAAGGAAAGAUCUCUGUUGCAAACGGACUGAUGUCACGGAUGACAGCGGGAUUUGCGAGCGCUUUUUAUCAUCCAACAUCUAGCUUGGUGGAUUACAGUUUUCGGUGUUUCUUUUUAACCAGUUUGCUUAACAACAAAGUGCGGUGAAUAAUAAAUACCAACAACAACAAACAAAACGUAAACAAUACAAUUAAUAAUUAUUGUUGUGAAGCAUAGAAUAAAUAAAAGGAAAAGGCACGAAAAGAAAACAACAAGAAAUAAAUUGCCAAAAUCAAAGAGUGAAUGGAUAAAACGAAAUAGCAAUAACAUUAUAAAAAAUGUUAUAACAAAUCCGUUAAUAAAAAAACAACAAUAGAUCACAAAACGAAAUACCAACAUAAAAGAUUACAGAAGUUCUUGUGUGCAUUCCUAGAUAUGCUUGUAUGUGUGUAACCGAAGCCGAAACCAAAAGAGAAGCAAGAAAAUAAAAUGCAACAAAAAGAGUGACAAGCAACAAGUCAACAAGUUUAAGACCAGUUUAAACAAUGUAAAAGAAAACAACAAGAGAAAAAAAACGUGAACGUAAACGAUCGGUGAUCUUUGGCCACCAUACCCCCCGUGUAAAGAAUAGUGGGGAAGGGUUUCGAACGGCCAUUUUGUUUUUCGUUUAUCGCUUGCUUGCCACAAAAUAUCGGCAUUUUGAAUGAUAACCAACCAAGACCAUCGUUUUGUGCCACAUCGAUUUGCAAGGAAGCAAACAUGAUGACCUAAAUAAACAGCGAAAAAGUGCAUUCAAAACUUAAAAAUUUUACCAAACAAAACCAUAGUGAAAACCAUUAAGCAGGGCAUCCAUGCAAAAUACGAAACGAAAAGCUCAGCAAGAUGAAGUCUUCAAAAACUUAGCGAUUACUUUUCCUUAAAAAAAAAACAAUCCCUUCUCUUUCUCUCUAUCGCGUUAACGUAACGUAAAUCAUUUCUAACUAAAACUAAUCCAACAGAUUUCAGUGAAACGCCAAAAAAGUGCAAUAUUUUUCUAAGGCAAUUCAAUUUAAAAGCUCACAUAAAGUGUAACUUUAACAAAAAUAACAAUCGAAAAGUUUUGAACGACAGCAAAACGCAUACAUUGUUGUCACCAUUGGCGGGUAAAAAAACACAAAAACACAUACCCAGGAGAGAAGGCACUUUGUUGUCAUCAUCCAUCUAACCCACCUACGACUGAUUGAAAAUAGAAAUUUUAAUUCCGUCAAACGGACAAACUCCCGGCGAAUACCAACGACAUCAUCAACGUCCAUACAACAUCAGCUACGUCUAAAGUCUGCUGCAAACAGAAUUUACAACUUUUGCAACAACAAGAAUAACACAACAACAAAAAAUCACUGUGAUACUCUUUACAAGGUAUCACACACGCUCUCACUCCAUUGUAGCUGCAGCUCUCCAUUGUGUUGUUUGCUUGCGUCCAGCACUUGGGAGGAGGACCAUUCUCGUCAAACAGGAUGGCAACUUGGAAAUACUUUUUGAUCGGAUUGACAGUUCUCUCCUCAACAAUUGCCGAUGAAUCUCUGGAUACAAGAGAAAAAUCAGAUCUCACAUUAAAAUGCCGUUUUACAGAUCAAUACGAUGCCGAUGAUUUCACAUUUUACUGGGCCAGAUGGACAGCGAAUCCGGCCCUCUUUGAAAAUGUAGCCAUUGGUGAUGUCCAACUAAAUUCAGGCUAUAGGCUUGAUUUUCGUCCUAAAAGCGGCAUUUACGAUCUACAAAUUAAAAAUGCCUCCUACGCCCGUGACAAUGGCCGCUUCGAGUGUCGCAUUAAGGCCAAAGGCACAGGUGCCGAUGUGCAUCAGGAAUUUUACAAUUUAACUGUGCUUACGCCGCCACAUCCGCCUGUCAUAUCGCCCGGCAAUAUAGCCGUUGCCACCGAAGAUAAAACCAUGAAAUUGACAUGCAGUAGUAUUGGUGGUUCGCCCGAUCCAACGAUAACCUGGUAUCGCGAAGGCAGCAAUGCAAUGCUGCAAACUGAGGUACUCAAAGGAGGCUCAAAGGAUCAACCCACCAAUGCAACGUUAACCAUUGUGCCACGUCGCGAGGACGAUGCUGCCAAAUACAAAUGUGUUGUUUGGAAUCGUGCCAUGAACGAGGGCGAACGUUUGGAAGCCACAGCCACGUUAAAUGUUAAUUAUUAUCCACGCGUUGAAGUUGGCCCCGAGAAUCCGCUGCGUGUCGAACGUGAUCGUACUGCAAAUUUGGAGUGUAAUGUCGAUGCCAAGCCCAAAGUACCUAAUGUACGCUGGACACGCAACGGCCGAUUCAUUGGUUCGAGCCUCGUCCACACCAUACAUCGUGUCAGCAUUCAGGAUGCCGGCAAGUACACAUGUUCAGCAGAUAAUAACCUUGGCAAGACGGGAGAGCAGGAAUUGAUUUUGGAUAUUCUGUAUCCGCCAACGGUGGUGAUUGAGACAAAGACCCGUGAAGCCGAAGAGGGCGAUACGGUGAACAUUCGCUGCAACGUUACCUCUAAUCCUGCCCCCAUUACCGUGGAAUGGCUGAAGGAGGGUGCCCCAGAAUUCCGCUAUUCGGGGGAGGUAUUGACCCUGUCCUCUGUCAAAGCCGAAAAUGCUGGCAAUUACAUUUGCCGAGCUGUAAACAUUAUCCAAUCGUACGGCCAAGAACGUUCGGAACGUGUUGGAAAUUCCACAGUAGCCCUACUGGUGCGUCAUCGCCCCGGCCAAGCGUACAUAACUCCCAACAAACCAAUUGUGCAUGUCGGCAACGGUGUGACAUUGACAUGUUCCGCCAAACCUCCAGGCUGGCCAGUGCCACAGUAUCGUUGGUUCCGUGAUAUGGAUGGAGAAUUUACAGCUGCUCAAAAGAUCUUGGCACAAGGACCCCAGUACUCCAUACCCAAGGCCCACUUGGGCAAUGAGGGCAAAUACCACUGUCAUGCUGUCAAUGAAUUGGGUAUCGGCACCAUGGCCACAAUUGUCUUGGAAAUCCAUCAGCCACCCCAAUUCUUGGCCAAAUUACAGCAGCACAUGACUCGCCGAGUUGCCGAUACGGAUUAUGCCGUCACCUGCAGUGCCAAGGGCAAACCAGCACCCACAGUUCGUUGGCUCAAGGAUGGCGUUGAAAUUCUGCCCGAACUCAAUCUGUACGAAGUGAAAACAAAUCCCGAUCAAGGACCAAAUGGUAUGGUUACUGUCCAAAGUAUGUUGAAAUUCCGUGGCAAGGCCCGUCCCAAUGGCAAUCAGUUGGUGCCCCACGACAGAGGUCUCUACACUUGUCUCUAUGAAAACGAAGUAAACUCGGCCAAUUCGAGCAUGCAGCUGCGCAUCGAACACGAACCAAUUGUGUUGCAUCAAUACAAUAAAGUGGCCUACGACAUACGCGAAAAGGCUGAAGUGGUGUGCAAAGUGCAGGCAUAUCCCAAACCCGAAUUCCAAUGGCAAUUUGGCAACAAUCCAUCACCGCUGACCAUGUCAUCAGAUGGCCACUACGAAAUCAAUACCUUCACCGAUAACAAUGAUAUCUACACAUCCGUCCUACGCAUCAAUUCUCUAACACACGCCGACUACGGCGAGUACACGUGUCGUGUUGUGAAUUCACUGAACACCAUACGCGCUCCCAUACGUCUUCAGCAGAAGGGACCUCCCGAGAAACCCACCAACACCAGGGCCAUUGAUGUUGGUUCCAACUAUGUGACGCUGUCGUGGGAUCCCGGAUUCGAUGGUGGCAUCAACAACACCAAAUUCUUUGUAAGCUAUCGUCGUGUGCCCAUGCCCACAGAAGAACAACUGAUCCCAGACUGUGCAACUUUGGCGACCAGCAAUACAGAAUGGAUGGAAUUCGACUGCCAUCGUGACAAUCCUUGCAAAGUUACGCCACUGGAUCAACAUCAAAGCUAUUCAUUCAAAGUGAGAGCCCUAAAUAGCAAGGAUAAGUCGCCGUACUCCAAUGAGAUUUUGACCACGACCAAAGUAAGCAAAAUCCCUCCACCACUACAUGUCACAUACGAUCCCAAUUCUCGUACUCUGGGAAUCAAUGUGGGUGCAACCUGCCUGUCACUCAUCGCAGUGGUUGAGUCCAUGAUGAACAGUGACACACCCAUGGCGGCGUGGGAGGUUAUCGAUCAAGUUAAUCUGCAACUAUCUGGCAAUGGACCCACAUUCAAAGAGGCUGUGCUAGAUCGCCUGGUUGCACCCCGCCGCAGUACAGCUGGUCGUGCUCUGGGUCACUCCAUAAACGGCGAUGAGGAUGAGGACAUGAGCAUGAACACCUUGGCCUUGGAAGACGAUCAUCAGCCCACAGUUCGUGUAAAGCUGUGCUUACGUUCGAACCAUGAGCACUGUGGUGAAUACACCGAUGCUGAAAUUGGCCGAUCCUAUAUUGCGGAGGCAUCCGCUCUGGCCACACCAACCUUAAUUGCCAUAAUUGUUUCGUGUAUCGUUUUUGCUCUGUUCGUUGGUCUGCUGCUCAUGUUCUGCCGUUGCAAGCGCAAUCAAUCGAAAAAGAGUGCCGCGGCCAAAGAUUAUGAAAUGGAUUCGGUGCGGCCAUCAAUUGUUGCUGCCCAACAGAGCCAGGCACCGCCACCCUACUAUCCGGCCAGUGGGCUGGACAACAAGGCUCUGGAACAUUCCAUGGACCUGGCGCUCAGCAUGGAGGAGCAGAAGAGUGCCUUAUAUGCCACGCAAAAUGGUUAUAGCUAUCAUCCGGGCAGUGGUGUUGUGGGCGGUGGUAUAGGAAUACCUGGCCAUACGAUACCUGGCAAUGAAUGGGUCAAUAUGGGUUACAUUGAAAAUAAUUACUCCAAUUCAAAUAACGGCGGCAGCGUGAAUUCACAGGACUCUUUGUGGCAGGUGAAAAUGUCCGGCGCCGCAGGCAAUCAGCCUAACAUGAUGCCAGUGUCACACAAUAACUACGUCGAACAACAGCCCACCUAUGGCUAUGAUCCACUGACGCAUGGCGGCUAUGGCGGUGUUGAUGACUAUGCCCCAUAUCCGCAGUUGACGGCAACGCCCAGCCAGCAUGGCGAUGAGUAUCACAAUCUACGCAACAGCCAAAACCCAUCGAGACAAGACUACUGUAGCGAUCCCUAUGCAUCGGUGCAAAAGCCGAAAAAGCGUGUUGACCAACAUUUAGAUUCACCAUAUCACGACGUAAGCGGUCUGCCAAAUCCAUACAAUAUGGAACACAUGGAACAAGAUGAAGUUAUAUCGCCACAACAGCACAUGUCUCUGAGUUACGAUGAUAGUUUUGAGGGUGAAUAUUCGUCCACACCGAAUUCACGGAAUCGUCGUGUUAUACGUGAAAUAAUUGUGUAAAUUUUUUUGAUAAUACACACACUAACACAACAUAACAUAACAUGUUCAUACACAUACCACCCACCCAUUUGAAAUCAUAUACAGACACCCACACACUUCCAUUAGCGGCAAACCGAAUUACAUACUUAGCCUAAAAACCAAACUAUCAAAAAGGAAAGCAAACAAAAAAAAAGAAAACAAGGUUUUGUAACUUAUUUUGUUUAAGUUAUUAAGAAUAUAUCCUUGAAACCUGUUGUAGAGAAGAAACAAAAACAAAAAACAGGAACUCCAAAAUCACACAGUAAUCUCAGAACUUUACAAUUCAAUGCACUUUUUCAAAGUACAACACGUAACGCAGCCAUGCCAUGCGUUUAAUGUGAAAUACUUAAUCAAGUCGUUUGGUUUUAUUUAUUUAUUUAAAAAAAAAAAAUGGAAAGAAAUGUGCACUUAUUGUUAUGAAUUUAGCUAAGUGAAAACAAAAACAAAACUAAAUACCAGGAUUCACAAACUACACAUUUACUCGAAACCCCCCUUCCACUGCCUGCCUGCCACUACUUAUUGCCCCCAAAAACAUCAUUUGAAUGUUGUGCAGCCACUUUUUUUGGUUUGCUUGGUAUCGGAGGCAUUUAACCAGAAUCAUCAUCAGCGACGUCAUCAUCACUCACUCAUGCAACUUCAUCAUAUUUCGUUGGGAUUUUAUUUUUCCCAACUACUAAAUACAUAAUUCGAAUUAGUAAUGUUUUUGUUGGACCAUCAUCAACAUAACUACAAUUACACGAUUUUUAAUUUUUUCACACAAAAACACCCACAUUUAUACGUUAAGUUCGUAACGAUAUCAACGAAAAUGAAAACAAGUUUUUUGAAUGUUGCCAUUUUUAUAAAAAAAUAUAUAUUAUUUAAAACAAGAAAUAAAUAAAUUUACUUAAAUAUUUGUUUGUAGUUGUAUUUCUUUACAAAACAUACAUACAUUUAGUUUUUUUUUUGUUAAUAUUAGUUAAGCUAGAUAUUUUCUAUGCAUUUUUUUUCAAUAUUACACUUAUUAUGAUUAUUAUCGUAAACAUUAUGUUUGUGUGUAUGCGUAUAUAUAUUUUUUUUAAAUCGUAAAUUAAUUAAUUUCUAGUUUAAUUUUAUAAACAUUAUUUUUUUUUUGUACACUCAGCCGGUGAAAACCCCUCCACCUGCUGAACUCCCAGUUAAGUUUAGUUAUGAUUUAUAUAAAUAUUUUAUUAUAUAUUUUUUUUGCCUGUUGUUGUUCAUUUUGUAUGAAAACGAAAAUAAUGAAUGGUGCCGUUGUGAGGAAAUCAAAGGAUUUAAUUUUUUAUUUAAAUCUGUAGUAAGUUAGAAUCCUACCAGAAGGCAUAAUAUGAUCUGAAAUUGCUCAAUGUAAUGUUUUUGUUUUAUAAUUUAGUUUUUAAUUAUUCCUUAACAAAAACAAAAAUCUCAAAUGUACUUAGAUGUUUUAUACAAGGUGUUUCGAAAUGCAUGGAUUAAAAUUUAAUGAAAUAGUUCGAUGAUUUCUCACAGGAAAUUUAAUAACAAUUUUUAAAUUAGUUAAAAAUUUUGAGAUGCCAGGCGAAAAUUUUGAAUAAAAAUGUCGAAUGAAACAUUUCACAAAUUAGAAAAUAUUUGAAUCAUAAAAAAGAUUAUGAUUGCUUCUGAACUUGUUUAAAUCAUUUAUUUGAUAUUCUGAACUAUUUUCCAAGAAUCCUUCAAAUGUUUCUGAAAAUUUGGGAUCGAAGUAAUAUAUAUUUUCUCCACAAUUGUACUUUUGCAUGAUCACUGUCCAUCUAUACUGCAAUUAUCUAACUUAUUUGCUCAAAAGUGUUCCAUGUCAAUUUAUAAAAUUUUCAUAAUUUUUCUGUGACAAAUUUCUGAAAUGGAUAUUUGAUACAAAAUCAUGAGCAACAUAAAGUCGGCCAGUAAGCCCAUCUGACAACUAAGUUUGAUGUGAAAAGACAUAAUUCGGAUUUAAAGUUCAAAAAAUUACUAAGCUUACUGGCAAAUUAUAGUCUUCUUGGCCGACCUUAUUAGGGCCUUGAUAAAAAUAGAUUUUUCUGCAUUCAUUUUGAAGCACCCCAAAAUUUACGUAUAUGUUUAUGUAUUAUUCUCUGUUUGCUUUCAUAAUAUUUUAUUGUCAUUAUUACCUUUUUGUAUCAGCUGAUUUCCUGCUUCCUCUUUUUUGUGUUACCUUUGGUUAAGGGGGGAAUUUUUAUUUUCUCUUUUCGAACGGAAAAACAAAAAUACUUUUGUGGAGAAAACUUUAAAAUUCUGGUGUAGAGAAAAGUGAUUCAACAAUAAUUUUCAUUUUUUUUAUUAUUUUGAAAAUGGUUUAAAAUAUUCAGGUUGAAACUUUGCUAGGUAUGUUCUGUGAAAACAAGGAUUUACUCAAUGGUACUAACAUUUUAGUACCUUAUCUUAUUUCAAAAUACAUUAAUUAAAAUGUAUUAUAUAUGUACUUUGAAAAUAUAUCAGAUUUGAAUUUUAUUUGAAAUAUUUUUUCCGUACAAAUAUGUUGUUGUCACAAAAUAAAUACCGCGCAGAGUUCAUUGUUGAUUUUUUAAAAUAAUUCAAUUUUAAAUAUUUUUAAAAUUAAUAAUCAUUUUAAAAACAAAACCUGAAUACUGUAUAUAGACAAGAAACAUCACAAUUAAAUAAAUUCAUUAAUAAAAACUACGUUGAGUCCUUGCCAUAUUGUAUGUUAACUCAACAUUGUAAGUUUCUCUUCAAAAUCAGCCAUGGAAAAAGUUAUUUUUUUUAUUUCUGAAUUUUUCUGAUUGUAAUCGGUAUUUGUUUUAUAUCACUCCAAAUUCACUUUUCUUCUUCCAUGCCCUGACCAAAUAGUAUUUUUUGAAGAAUUUUCAUUUUUACAGCAAAUCGGAAAUUGUUUUUCUCCACACCUUAAAAAAUAUUUCAGAUAAGUAUAAAACACCCCCUUUCCUCAAACUCCGAACAGGACUUCCAUUUAUUGCUAUAUUACCAUAAGUUUGUUUGUUUGUUUUUUAUGUAUAUGCAUAUGAAAUAGUUAAAAUUUUGUUUUACAAAAUUAUUCAAAAUAAUUAAAAAAAAAAACACUCAUCAUGAGAAAGCUUUUAGUUUCAAUUAUUGAAGCGUUGCAUUUGCUUUAACUUUAAAAACCUAUUUAUUUGUAUUCCUUCUUUUUUUGCUGUUUAAGUCCACACAUACACACUCGUAUUUCGAACUUCCAUUUAAUACUGUAAAACUUGGUCAACGAAUUACAUUUAAUUCUACCUAAUUACAUAUAAAUUUAUAUUUACUAUAUAUACAUUACAUUAAAAACAACAACAAAAACAUGAAAAUUUCCCACAACUGUUUAAAACACUUUAAGAUAUAACAUAAAUGAAAGCAGAAAAAUAUUUGAAAAAAAAAAAAAACCAUUUAAAAUUAAUGCAAACUAAGUUAUUUUAAGUUAAGAGAAUAAGUAAAUUUAAGUAAAAGAACGAAAAAACAUGAAGCUGCAAGAAGGAGGAAAAAAAUAUGAAAAAAAUUGAAACCUAAAACAAAAUAUAUUUUUUAAAGUUAAGCUUAGAUUAAACUUAGCCAUAAGACCACAAACGAAACAAAAACAACAACAACAAUUAUGUCCAAAAUUUCUUUAAAACAAAUAAAUAAAUAAAUAAAACUUAAAAAAAAUAAACAGCAACUGCGUUACUUAAAUGUAAAUAAUAUAAUGUAAAAUUUAUUGUAUACAAUAACAAGAACAAACAACAAAUAUAAGUUUCUUAUUUUAUAUUUUUUCAAACAAAACAAACGAAAUAAAACAAAAAAAAUAAAGAAUACAGAGAUAAACAAACCAAGUUUAGAGGUACACUUUACACCGAUACGAAUUCG